GCCCGUAUUCCACUCACUUUGUUCUCCGCCUUUGUCCUAAUCCACACCAGCAGGUGGAGCCGCAGUUAAAGUUUCCGAGUCCAUUCCGGGAGCGGGAGCCCAUCUUGCUCGCCGCGGAGGCCCUCGCUGGAGGAGGAGGGUCAGAGCUCGGGUGCAGCCAAUCGCGGGCAACGCUGCUAGUUAUCAGAGCAGAAUGGGCUGUAGUUUAGUGAAAUAGGAAAGCUGCAAAACACUGUGGAGUGUUCCCGUGUAAAUAAAAAGAGGAAAAAAAAGUUUCUCAAGUCGCCGCUGCACGACGUCGGGCCGGCGCCGGGGCGGGGGUCUGCGCUCUCCCGAGCGGCCGCGCGCUGGACUUUAUUGUGCCGCAACGAGCCCCCCGUCCCCAUUGUUUGUGUUUUUUUCAAAAUAUGGCAAAGGUUCAGGUGAACAAUGUAGUGGUGCUGGAUAACCCUUCUCCCUUCUACAACCCAUUCCAGUUCGAGAUCACCUUCGAGUGCAUCGAGGACCUGUCUGAAGACCUGGAAUGGAAAAUUAUCUAUGUGGGCUCUGCAGAAAGUGAAGAAUACGAUCAAGUUUUAGACUCUGUUUUAGUGGGCCCUGUUCCUGCAGGAAGGCAUAUGUUUGUAUUUCAGGCUGAUGCACCUAACCCGGGACUCAUCCCAGAUGCAGAUGCCGUAGGUGUAACAGUUGUGCUAAUUACGUGCACCUAUCGAGGUCAAGAGUUUAUUAGAGUUGGUUAUUAUGUAAAUAAUGAAUAUACCGAGACAGAAUUAAGGGAAAAUCCGCCAGUAAAACCAGACUUUUCUAAGCUUCAAAGGAAUAUUUUGGCAUCCAAUCCCAGAGUCACAAGAUUCCACAUUAAUUGGGAAGAUAACACAGAAAAACUGGAAGAUGCAGAGAGCAGUAAUCCAAAUCUACAGUCACUUCUUUCGACAGAUGCAUUACCUUCAGCAUCAAAGGGAUGGUCCACAUCAGAAAACUCACUAAAUGUCAUGUUAGAAUCCCACAUGGACUGCAUGUGACCACCUGCCAUCCCUUUAGUACAAAUUAAGCUAUAAAAACACACAGAACUAUUUCCCUGAAAUUCCGUAAGUACAUAGUCAAGAUGCAAUGUGAAGAAUUUGUUUAAAAAACAUCCUGUAGAAAGUUUAUAAGAAAACCAGUAUUUGAGCAAAUUGUGGAAUAUAAAUACAACUAUUUUUAAGUAAGUUUUUCUCUAAUGUGUUAUUUUAUUUGUUCUGAAACUAAUCUGAUUAAAACAGAUAUUAUUUUCUUCUCUAUAUGUAAUUAAAGCACUUAGAAAGAAAAAUGAAUCAUUAGACCAGGUUGUAAAGAUGUCUUAGCCUCUUGGAUAAUAAUCUUUGGACCACUAUCUUAGCUAACCUUUGAAAGAACAAAGUGCACUUCCACUAAAUGUGUCUUCCUGUGAUAACACAUAAUUUGGUUUGAUUUAAGGGGCAAAUUUCCAUUCUUUUCCUGGCAUACCCCUAAAGAAGGGAUUUAAAGUAAACUAUAUGUGAUCAAGAACUUCAAGAGCUAGUUUUCCAGGCCACUUUGAAGCCUCUUAUGUCUACUAUUCAAUUCAUAUAAUGUUAGACAGCAUUCAGUUUGGUUCCAAGGUAACAAACGUGGUUAAUUGUUUAUAAGGUCCUCUGGCUAUGAUUUUUGUUUUUAUAACAGUUUAGGACAUCACAACAGUUCUUGAAUCGUACAUCAUCACCCAGUGAAUUCAACAUGUCAGAAGCAGAUACAAACUCCCUAAGUUUAAGAAUAGAAGAGUAAAAAAAAAAAAAGAAGAGUAUAAUGACUUUGUUCUGUUCAUUAGUUCUAUAAAAAAAUACUAUGAACAUAACCCUUUAAAACUGUUUUGACAAGUCAUCUGUUGUUGGCAGCAUUUAUAUAAAAACAGUAGAUUUGGAAAGAUAUAUUUAGCUUUAUCAUAUGAAAUAUAUAUAUUUCCACAUAAAGUACUUUUCUCCGUAUCUCCUGACACUCAUGUACAAUAUUUGUGGUAGACAUAUUCUAGAUAGCUUUUUCAGAUGAGGUUUUUUAAAAGCAAUCUUGAAAAGGAAUGCACUAACUAAAUGGGCCAAAAGGUUCUUUUUCUUUGAUGAGAGCUAAGUCCUUCCUCAAAAAGUUUCUUAUGUUCCAGUAAAUUAAGUGUAGAAUAUUCGCAUCACUCUUGCUGCUAAUCAAGACAUUAGCCAUAUAAUACAGAAUUAUGCAGUGCCUUCAUAACUAAAACUUUUAUACUGCACUUUUUAAAAGCAUUUAUUUUGAGGAAGGGAAAGGGGCAUUUGUCUGAAUAUGGAUUUGAAGCUGUAUAUAUUUCCUGUCAUUCUACAAAGUGACUUUGUGAAGCAAAAUUUUGCUAAAUGUUAAACUUGAAAGUUUAGUAUACCAGAUAAUUAAAAUACUGUCCACUAACUAGUUCAUAGACUUUAAAAGUAAAAUACGUACGACUGUUAAAACAACAUGAAGAAAAUUUCAUUUCUGUCUAAUUGCAAUUAAAAGAAAAUGUUAAAAUAUUAAAAUGAAAAUAAAACUAAUACUUUCCAACCAAGAGCUCAGUGAUUAAUAUAACAGGAACACAAUACAUGCAUAUUAGAAAUAAAGCAUAUAUAAGCCAAA